ACCAACAGAUUUAUAGAGUCUGGAGAGGAUCAGCGGAGCAGACUUGAGGAGACGCAGCCGAGAAGAAUUCAUCUCAGGACCUUCUCAACUCGGCAUGUCGCAGCGGGGGGAAGACGACGGCCAGGAGCAGCGUCUUGCCGUGAGGGAUGAGGACCUGGUGGAGGCCAAGGACAAGCUGGGCACCCAGGGGCCCUUGAAGAGCAAGACCUACGAAGUGAUGGCAGAGUGUGAGAAGGCGGGGAAGGCUGCUCCGUCCGUGUUCAGCUCAGCGAGGUCGGGUGGAGAGACCGCCUUCAGCAAGACGGCCAAUCAGAGACCGCUCAGGAAGUAGCAACGCCUCGCUCAGUGGUCGUUGGGUAGAACCCAUUCUGAAGCUAGCGCCGGUUGAUUGUCUGUUGUUGGUAUCUUGCUGUGGGAUCAGUCCUGGUAUGUUAACACCCUCAGCAUCGUAAACUGUUUGUUGCUUUGCACGCCUGGUAUCUCUGUUUUUCUCCAUUGUUUACGCGCUAGAGGGGGGAGUUAUUGUCACCAUGGCAACAGGGCGAAGCUCAGCAAGGACAAGGAGUAUUUCUGCAGAACUCCAAGCAACAUUCCUUGUUUUUUUUAACAGCUCUUCUAAAUGAAACUUUGCACAACUCUAUACGCAAAACCUCCAAAUUUAGCACAGUUAUCCUAAUCAGGGCACGUUUGGUCACAUGGAUGAUCCUCUCGUUACCGAUUGGUCUCCAGCCCCACCUGCUCCAAACCAAUUAGCUCAGCUUUCCAAUCAUCAGUCAGAGGAUAAAAGAGAGGAGGAGGAGGGACGAUCUAAUAAUUCAGAUGAAACGCAGUGUUGGUUAACCAUCCAACAUGAGUUAAUCAGUUUAACCAACAUUGGUUAACCAGGUGACCCACCAUGGGUUAACCAGGACAUGAGCUGUCCAGCCCACAGAGCUGCUUCCCUGGGGCCUUAGAGAGGAGAUGAGGUAAGAAACCCCUCAGAAGCCCUCCUGUCUGCAGUGACUACAGCAGCACUCUGCUGUGACCGAGAUAAUAUGGUGUCCAUGCAGGAAUUCAUUUUGCAACGAUUUGUGGAGUUUUCGCAAAAGUAACUGUUGAUUUGCCUUGUGUGGAGUUUGAGAAAUUUGGUAUGUAGCCAAACCAUUAAGAUAACACGAUUUUUUUUUUAAGGCUAGUACCUCAGGACUUGAUGUGAAUUUGAAUGUCCGGGGGGAAGCCAUGCAAUCUAUAAACAUUAGUAAAAAACAAUGUAAAUAUUAUAAAGGAGUAACCACCAUUGAGACUAUGUAAGAGCUUCUAUUUCAAAAAAAGAAAACCAACAUUCCCCCUUGUUGAUGUUAUGAAGUUUAAAGUCUCCCGCUGUGGAGUGUGUGGGGAUGGUUGAAGAAGCCGCACCUGGCCCGAGGCAGACUGCCAUCACCACACACUCCAGGGGUCUCCAGCAUGGCAGGCUGAUGCUCCUCCUACUCUGUACUGAACCUCUGCAAUAAACCCAUUCAACACCACCGCCCUGCGUCCUUUUAUGGAGGA